CGCUACUCAGAAGAAGAGAGUUCUUCCCCGACCCGCUUCUCUCUCCCUUUCCCUCGGAAUCCUUCCGACCUUUUCCUCCCCCGCCCAUAUUAUUCCUCCUUCGGCUUCCGAAAGCUUCUUCCGCUCACCGCUGAACAAGGUAAUUUCAUCUUCUCCGAUUUGAGAUCCGCUGUUUGCUCAGCUGGACGCUUGAUUGUGUGAUUUUUUGCCGUUCUUCUCUUGAUUUGAUUUGGUUUCUCCGGUAUGGUAUCACUCUAUAUUGAUUUUGUUAGUCGAGAUUGAGAUGGUUUCUUUCUGUUCAUGGCUGCGGUUUCAGGUGUGAUUAUUUCAAGUGAAUUUGGAGCUUCCGUGGAAAGCCAGCCAUGGUGCUGUUCAGAGGCCUCUCUCGUCUUUCUUCCACUCUCCGUUCCCGCACUGUUCAGCAGCCGAAUAAUCUCGGCUCCGUAAGAUGGCUUCAAAUGCAGACCUCCACUGAUCUCGACCUUCACUCCCAGUUGAAAGAGUUGAUCCCAGAGCAACAGGAGCGCCUCAAAAAGAUCAGAUCGGAUUAUGGAAAAGUUGAUAGAACUUGAGAUUAGGGUUCUAUCGAGAAUUGGGGAUUUAGGGAUUAAGAACAGAAUUAGGGUUUUGAGAAGAGAAAGAUAGAGAAUCGGCCUAGGCCUUUAGAGGGAUUGGGAACGAGAAUUGAGAGGAUUGGGAGAAUAGGGUUUAGGAGAGGGUUCUUAAUAUUCUUCUUGACUGAUUCUGAAUAAAACGCAAAGUACAUA